GGCCGGUUUCAGACGCGCUUUUCUCCGCCGCUUCCUCCUGCGAACGAAGAUAUUGUGUUUGUUUCUGUUUUUACUAGCUCCUGUGCAAAUUUUUGAACCACAGUCGAUAGGUUACCCACUUGCCAACUCGGUGUUGUUCUGUUUUGCGAAAAACUUUUCCGUCACUGGAAAAGAAAAUUCGAAACAUAACUUGUGCUACAAACAUCCCACGGUUCAAUAUAAGAAGAAGAAUAAGAAGAAGAUAACAACCCGUUACAAGCGAAAAGUUGUGAGUAGUGGAAAAUCUGUUCGCUUCGUGUGAAUCCUAUAGAAACCGAAGAAUAACCGCUACCGGAGUAUCAGCAACAUUGUGGUUCGUACGAGCUACAUGUUUCGGGAAAUACCUAGCAGCUGAAAAUCGGAAGUAGGUAGGAAGCGUAAAGAGGAGAAAAUCGUCACCGGGAGAGCGAGAGCCCGGGGUGACAGUUGCAGUGUGGUGCAGCAGCAGCAAUUUAUGGUCAAGUAACUUGGAGGAAAGCACCGAAAUAGGAGAAAUAUUCCCUCCGGUCAGAGCUUGCCCGAGGACACCCAGGCACAGUCGAUUGGCUCGUGAACAAUUUGAUUCCGGAAUAUUCCAAGGAUAUCAAUCCUUGGAAAGAUAAUCCCACAUCAGAUAAACCACCGGAAGGACCAUGCGGAUAGUCUCGUUAUGGACUCUGGUGACGCUGUCAUCGCUCUGUUCGGCUGCCGACAUCCUAAUGGUCACGAUGGGCGGCACCAAGUCACACAAGAUCCCGUUCUGGGAGCUGGCCAAAGGCCUAAUUCCAAGAGGCCACAACAUUACCUUCCUCAAUGGUUUCCCGGCAGAUUUCUCCUACAACGGUCUGCAGGAGGUCACCCCUUCCGGUCUGGUGGAGUUCAUCCGAAACUAUACCAACUGGGACCUGCUGGGUGCUCGGAUGCGUGGAGAUUUGCCACUUUCCAUGUGGGACGUCUUCCGCUACUCGUGGCAGGCCUGCGACGCCACGUUGGAAGACAAGGAAACCAUGGACCUGCUGGGAAGGAAGUUUGAUCUGCUCAUUCUGGACGGUGCCUAUCCGGAGUGUGCCCUGGGACUGGCCCAUCGCUUGGGCGCUCCGUACAUGUUUGUCAACACGGUUGGGUUCUACACCACAACGAUGGCCCUGGCGGGGAAUCCUUCGCCGUACUCCGUUACACCGGCUUUCUUUCGGCCGCUGACCGACGAUAUGGACUUCUUCGAGCGGAUCAUGAACAGCCUCUUCCAUAUGAUGCUGCAGCCGGUUUAUAUGGCCAGUAUAACCGUGCUGCAGGCGGUCGUGCGUCGUCACCUUGGCUCGGACAUCCCGCACGUGUGGGAUCUGUCGCGCAACGUCAGCUUCAUCUUGCAGAAUGGUCAUGCCACCGUGACCUACCCUCGGCCUCUGCUGCCGAACAUUGCCGAGAUUGCGUGCAUCCACUGCAAACCGGCUGAGCCGCUGCCGAAGGACCUGGAAGACUUCAUUGCCGGCGCCGGAGAGUCCGGUUUCAUCUACGUUUCGAUGGGAUCCUCGGUCAAGGCCGCCAACAUGCCCGAUCAUCUGCGGAAGCUACUCAUCCAAACUUUCUCCCGCCUACCAUACCGAGUGCUGUGGAAGUAUGAAGCCAACGCAUCCAUGAUGACGGAUCUUCCAUCGAAUGUGAAACUGGGCCGUUGGCUACCGCAGCAGGACAUCCUCGGACAUAGGAAGUUGCGAGCCUUCGUGACGCACGGUGGCCUGCUCAGUAUGUUCGAAACCGUGUUCCACGGAGUGCCAGUCGUGACCAUGCCGGUAUUCUGUGAUCACGAUGCCAAUGCGGCCAAGGCGGAAACCGAUGGCUACGCGCUUCAGCUGGAUCUGGAGACGUUGACCAGCGAGCAGUUAGUGCGAGGCAUCCACCGGGUGAUUCAUGAUCCCAAAUUCCGCAAUGAAGCCAAGCGGCGACAGAUGCUGCUGAAGGACCAACGGACGACUCCUCUGGAGACGGCGAUCUACUGGACCGAGUACGUACUGCGGCACAACGGAGCCUACCACCUGCAGACGCCGGCCAGGAAUCUUUCCUUCUUCACCUACUACGGCUUGGAUGUGAUUUGUUUCUUCCUGGCCGCCGUCUACCUUCUCCGGUGGGUAGUUCGACGAGUGCUGAAACCACAAAUUUUCCAACUUACCAAGGAGAAAAUCCAUUAGAAGCAUCACCACAACCAGCAACAUCAGAAAAUAAAAUAAAACGACAACCGAAGGAAAACAAACAAACAAACGCUUACACCAAAAUAUCAACUUCUGCAAUAACGGGAAAUCGAGAGGACGCAAUCUGCAACAACUUUGCUCAACCUGGUCUGCUGCUAAGAAAAAUGUAUUUUUUUUGCUCAGUUUAAUUGGAUCCAUUAACUACCGGCGAGCGUAAGACAUUGUGCUGAAUUUCAAAAAGGUGCCGAACCCAAACACAGCAGGGAUCGAUCGCUCUUUUGGGACUUUUUCGUUGCUUUUUAGUAUAAAGUGCUAGCUU